ACAUCAGAGCACAGGCAUGGCUUGUAAACACACGUGACAAGUGCUGUUAGUGUGCGUUCUGUCAGUGUCACUCCUCGGGUGUUAGAGGCUGGGAGGAAUUUAGCUGGUCGACCACGCAAUUUGUUAUAAAGACAAAUAGGAGCCGCCGACUGGACCAAAUCACUCCUAGAAGUGUAGAAAUCCUCCGUUGAGACAUGAUGUCUGUAUUGGGAAGGGCGACUCGGCUCAUUCAAUUUGCCAGGUGCAGUAACGCCGUAAGCCUGUGUGUUUCGACACCUCUCAGGAGACCGUCUAGUAGUGCAACCGUUGCAGCCUUCGCCCAGCCAGCCUCCACAGCGACCCCAGAAGCGGUAGAAAACAGAAAGCCCAAAACGGGGGAUCCUAAUGAUGAACAUGGGAGGACCUGAGAAACUGGACGAUGUUCACGAUUUCCUGCUGCGCCUCUUCUCCGACACCGAUCUGAUGAAGCUUCCUGUCCAGAAUCGACUUGGGCCCUUCAUAGCGAAGAGGCGUACCCCUAAGAUCCAGGAGCAGUACAGCCGGAUCGGAGGAGGCUCUCCUAUCAAGGCCUGGACCACCAUGCAGGGGGAGGGCAUGGUCAAACUGCUGGAUGAGAUGUGUCCGGAAACAGCUCCUCAUAAGUUCUACAUCGGGUUCCGCUACGUGCAUCCUCUGACGGAGGAGGCUAUUGAGGAGAUGGAGAAGGAUGGAGUAGAGAGAGCAGUGGCUUUCACACAGUACCCACAAUACAGCUGUUCUACCACAGGCAGCAGUCUGAACGCUAUCUACCGAUACUACAGCAGCCGAGGAGACAGGCCUAAGAUGAGGUGGAGUGUCAUCGACCGCUGGCCCACACACCCCCUAUUGGUCGAGUGUUUCUCCCAGCAUGUCCUCAACGAGCUGCAGAAGUUUCCCUCCGAGAAGAGGGACGAUGUGGUUAUCCUGUUCUCAGCUCACUCACUACCCUUGUCUGUGGUGAACAGGGGAGAUCCGUACCCUCAGGAGGUUGGGGCCACUGUGCAGAGAGUCAUGGAGAGACUAGGGCACUGUAAUCCUUACCGCCUGGUCUGGCAGUCCAGGGUCGGUCCUAUGCCGUGGCUGGGCCCUCAGACAGAUGAUGUCAUCAAAGGUCUGUGUGAACGGGGGAAGAAAAACCUGCUGCUGGUCCCCAUCGCCUUCACCAGCGACCACAUCGAAACGCUGCACGAGCUGGACAUCGAGUACUCUCAGGUGCUGGGAGAGGAGUGUGGCGUAGAAAACAUCAGAAGGGCUGAAUCUCUGAAUGGAAACCCAAUAUUUUUCCAGGCUCUGGCAGACCUGGUCCAAACCCACCUGAGGUCAGACGAGUCCUGCUCCCGUCAGCUCACCCUGCGCUGCCCACUGUGUACCAACCCCACCUGCGGAGAAACCAAGGCCUUCUUCGCUAAUCAGAAAUGACCCUCCUCUUCCUCCUCAACUGUUUUCUAGUGUUGCAAACUGCAGAUAACUACCCCCCUCAAAAAAGUCCUGAUUUCCCUGAAAUCCUAUUUGAAGGAUUCCGGACUUCCUACUUAUUUCUUCCUGAUUCCUGGAUACUUCCAAUCGGGAUUUCUAGAACAGCUGGGAAUUCUGAGUCACCUACCUUCUAUCCAUCUGUUACUACGGGACAGAGCACACGUUUCUAAGUAACUACCAGAAGAAGAAGAAGAAGCAGACAAACUAGGAAAGAAGCUGUCAGUACGCAUCGCAUUAAAGCUAUAAGACAAGUAGAGUUGCACUUAUUUUGUCCCGUCCCCCGUCCCCUGUCCCCCCCGCCACUCACAUUCCAUCCGUUGAAUUCCUGGAAAACUAUGUCCAUUCAUCCCUCCAUCCUCUUUCCAGGAAGAUAAACUGGACUGUAUCCUUUCUCACCUGGUGCUUGUCCAGUUGGUUUGUACGUCAUGCUCAGGGACUGUGGCGAAGCGUGUCUCCCCCCCACCCCAUUCUGGUAUGUCAUCCACAGUGUCUCUUUGAGAACCUCUCUGAAACCUGGUGGACUGUCCCCUGCUUUGAGACCCUCUCUGAAGCCUGGUGGACUGUCCCCUGCUUUGAGAACCUCUCUGAAACUGGUGGACUGUCCCCUGCUUUGAGACCCUCUCUGAAGCCUGGUGGACUGUCACCUGCUUUGAGACCCUCUCUGAAGCCUGGUGGACUGUCCCCUGCUUUGAGACCCUCUCUGAAGCCUGGUGGACUGUCACCUGCUUUGAGACCCUCUCUGAAGCCUGGUGGACUGUCCCAUGCUUUGAGACCCUCUCUGAAGCCUGGUGGACUGUCCCCUGCUUUGAGACCCUCUCUGAAGCCUGGUGGACUGUCCCCUGCUUUGAGACCCUCUCUGAAGCCUGGUGGACUGUCCCCUGCUUUGAGACCCUCUAUCUCCUCUCGGCCUCUAGAGAAUCCCUGCUUCCAUCUUUGUAGAGGCACUGCUCAUCCAGAGUCGAUGCUCUUAACUUUCCUACCCAGCAGCCUCCUCUGACCUCUCACCUCUCCUGACCUCUCACCUCUCCUCUGACCUCUCACCUCUCCGCUGACCUCUCACCUCUCCUCUGACCUCUCACCUCUCCGCUGACCUCUAAUCUCUUAUAGGGAACCAUAAUCCCUGGUUAAACUUCCACAAAGUGCUGAUGCACAUCUUGCCCCUGUAUGAGUCCCUGUCUCUCUCUCCCCGGCUGGCCUCUCACCUCCCCCAUCCCUGUCUCUCCCCGGCUGGCCUCUCACCUCCCUGCUUCAGUGUUCCCCAUCCCUGUCUCUCUCCCGGCUGGCCUCUCACCUCCCCCAUCCCUGUCUCUCUCCCCGGCUGGCCUCUCACCUCCCCCAUUCCUGUCUCUCUCCCGG